AUGGCCGAUGCCGGAACGACGACGGCCUCGGGCGACCGGCUGAUGCCCACUGCCCCGCCGCGUUCUGCGAGCAGCAUUGCUCUUGGUAAACAGCAGACCCUGAAGAAAAAGGCCAGCCAGGAUGCCCUGCUGGAUGGGGACGCGGCUACAACGUUGAAAGCAGACGACGGCAGUAAUCGGGACCAUGGAGGGCUCAAUGCCGAAAGCAUUGUCGACGACGAGCGCCCUCCCUCCGCCUCCCCGGCCCCUAACGACGGUGGUUAUGAGCAACCUCGACUAUGGGCCCGAGAGACUGGCUCCGCCUUAGACGGCUACGACCACAUCCCCGGGGACAUGCCCGACUUGUACAGCAGCGACGAUGACGCCGACGAUGAUGAUGAUCAUCAUCAUCGAGCAGAGCGAGCCACCGCUGGGACCACGACCCGCGAUUCUGAUUCCGAGGGAAGCUACGAAACCAUUCCUGGAGAGGAUGCGGAGCCCCUUAAUGAGUUGGAUGCGUUGCUCAAUCGCCACACGAGCCUCUUGCCCCCAGACUCGAUAGAGUCCGUUUCAAGAAGCAACGCCCAGCCAACGCUACCACGGUCGCAACCGCAGCCGAAUUCCGCCUCAUUUAACCCCUUUGAGGAACUGAUGGCGACCUCGAGCCGUCCAUCGAAGCGCGAGGGGGAUCAAACUCGCCCUAGCAUGAAUAAAGCAAGUCCUCAAUCGCGAGCACGAGCGGUGACGCUCUCUGAUGCAGCUUUGAUGCAGAGCACCACGAGUACCGAUGCCCCGGCCCGCCACCACAUGGAGACGGCCACGGGAGGAUCCUCUUCCACCUCUGCUGCCAGCACCGGCAGCAGUCUACCCCUUUCUGAUAAGCUUCGCCUGAUACAUCAACAACAGCAGCAGCAGCAGCAGCAACAACAACAACAACAACAACGUCGGCCAAUGUCUGCCCCUGCCGGGCCUCCACCCCUGCCACCACGGAAUGGGAUGAGCUCUCCCGAGCCUGCGGCCGAGGGCUCGCACCAGUCAUCCCGGUCCUCCACCCCAGGCUUAUCCCGUAGCCUUGAUUUGGCAGAGCCAUGGAUGGCCCCAACCUUGCGCCCUUUGACACCUGCCACCAAGAUCCCGCCCAAGCUGCCAAGUAUCGAGACCGGGUCGGACCGCCAUGCGAUGGAUCCGGAAGAAUUUCAAUUUCGACGACUCGUGCGCCACAGCUUGAACGGACAGUGGCAGGCACACUUGCGCGAUCGCAUUUUCCCGGCUGCUCUCUUGCAUUACAAUCGUCAACAUCGCCUUGACCUAUCGAUGGUUGAAUACUUGUGUUUG